GAAUCACGGACUGCUUUCAUCAGUCAGAGGUUUCAUUUGUUGCACAAACCAAAUAGAGAUAUGAUUUGUUGUGAAUAUUAAUUUACUCAAACAUAAUCGUAUAUAACAUAAUACUUAGAACCGACUAAAACUUCGAGCUUUAAGGAAAGAGGUUGAAAUCUAUUUUGAGAUUGACCUAAUGCUAAAAUGAGUAUUAACUAUAUUCCUCGUGUGACACAGCUUGAUGCAGUACAUCUUGAUAAACAAGUAGAAGAAUUAUUUAUACAACAAAUUUUCCAAGCCACGAAAUAUUUAGAGCCAGGGAUCCUCCAGGCAGUCCUUCCAGAAUUAGAACUUUUGAUUAGAACAUGGAUUUUCAAGUUCUCAUUUUACAACAAGAAGUGUACUUUUGGACAGGAAAUGUUAUCACUAAAGUAUAAACCAGAGAAUAUAUCUACUAGCAAAAUGUAUUGGUAUUAUGGGUACAAAAUAGGUUUGAAUUAUGUUAAAGACCGAUGCCUGUAUAGUUGGACAUCUAAUACAAGAAUUCAAAAUGUUAUACAUAAGAUGGAAACCUUUCAAUUAGUAGGAGACAUUCUGAACUUCCUUAGAUUUAUACAGAGUGGAAAGUACCCUAUGCUCAUAGAUUUUAUUCUUGGACUAGAGUUAACAGCGGAUAAGUUGACACGAGAAGAUUUGACUGAUUUUUCAUGGACUAGGGAGUUAUUGUGGCAUAACUUUAUUGAAUUAAUGGGUACAGCUAUAUCAUUGAUGAAUAUGAUUGGGCUUCGAAGUAAACUGUCUACAGUAUUGAAGUAUGUUUGGUGGAGAAAGCAUACAAAGUCAUCUGCAACCUCUAGUCAAGCUGUUAUGACACAUAGCACUGUAUGUGCAUGUUGCUCUAACAAGCCUGUUCUUCCAUAUACCAUGGGCUGUUCACAUAUAUUUUGCUACUAUUGUUUGAUGGCAAAUAAGACUGUCGACAAAGAUUAUGCAUGUCCAAAGUGCUACUUUAAUGGCAAAGAAUUGAAUAAAUUUGUUAUGGUAUAGUUUUUUUUUAUAUGGGGAUUAUUUAUUAAUUUGGAACUUAAUUUAUUUUGGUGCUGUGAUAAUCUUAUAAUUGUUAUAAUAUAAGAUAAUUUGGGAUUUAAGUAAAUAUAUUUUUAUACCACAGUU